CUUCCUUCGCUCUCUCUUACGUUCAUCAUGCUUUUCAGCAACAUCCUUGCGGCGGCUGCUCUGGUCAGUACCGCCUUCGCUGCUCCCUCCGAUAAGGAGACUCGCGCGAACCGGAAGUUGAAGUGGUUCGGUAUCAAUGAGUCGGGUGCUGAGUUUGGCGAGAAAAACUUCCCGGGUGUUUACAACAAGGACUACACUUGGUAUGACACCAAGACUAUCGAUCAGUUCAUUGGUCAGGGCAUGAACGUCUUCCGUCUGAACUUCUUGAUGGAGCGCCUCACUCCCAACACCCUGACCGGUGCCUUCGACAAAGAUUACCUCGGCAACCUCACCCAGCAGGUCAACUAUAUCACCAGCAAGGGCGCGUACGCCAUGAUCCAGCCGCACAACUACGGCCGCUUCUACGGCAACAUCAUCACCGACACCUCCGGCUUCAAAACGUGGUGGAAGAACGUCGCCGCGCGGUACAAAGACAACGCGCUCGUCGUCUUCGACACAAACAACGAGUACCACGACAUGGACCAAACCCUCGUUUUCAACCUCAAUCAGGCCUCCAUCGACGGCAUCCGCGCCGCCGGCGCCACAAAGCAGUACAUCACCCCCGAGGGCAACUCAUGGACGGGUGCUUGGACUUGGGUCUCGUCUGGCAACGCCGCGUCCCUCGUCAACCUCAAGGACCCUCAGAACAAGCUCAUCUACCAAAUGCACCAGUACCUCGACACCGACGGCUCCGGCACCUCUGAGAACUGUGUUUCGACCACGAUCUUCAAGGAGCGUCUCCAGGCUGCGACUAAGUGGCUCAAGGACAACAAUAAGCAGGGAGUUAUUGGCGAGUUCGCUGGUGGGAACAACGCUCAGUGCAUUGCGGCUCUCCAGGACGGUCUGACUUACCUUGGCCAGAAUACAGAUGUUUGGUGGGGUGCUAUUUGGUGGGCUGCUGGGCCGUGGUGGGGUGACUACAUCUACAGCAUGGAGCCUACGAGUGGUGUUGCGUGGGUUAACAUCUUGCCUAAGAUCAAAUCGUACUUCAUCUCCUAG